AUGGAAAUGAUCUUAGAGAAGUCGAGAGAACUACUGUAUAAGGAAACGGAUCAAGAGAAAGAAACGGACGACCCCAGCAAAACCCCGGAGGAGAUCCGAAAAAGUAAGAAGGAAGAACAAGAAAAACUCAACAAAAAAGAGGAGAAAAUUAAGAAGGAAAAGAAACCAAGGAAGAGCGAGGAAAAACUUGUCACGAAAGCAAAGAUAGAAGACGCUCUUCAAAAUUUAAAGAGUGGGUUUGAGAAAAUUAAGUUGGACGAUCUGCAACUGCUGUUGAUUAGAGACGUUCAAAAGGUCAAGACAAGACCACUGAAAGAAGGAGAGGAGUACGCAAAGGUGAUGGCAGAAACACAAUGUGAGUGUGUACUUAAAAAGGCAAGAAUUUGUAUGUCACUCCUUCUUAGAGGAAAGAAGAAGUAA